GAUCCCUAGUCUCCUUUCCGGCGUUCCCGAACCCCUCUUCCCCUCCUCCACUCCACCGGAAAUGGCCUUGCCGGCGAUCACCAACGACCUCCUGGCGGAGAUAUUCCUCCGCCUGCCCACCCCGGGCGACCUCGUCCGCGCCUCCGCCGUCUGCGUCUCCUUCCGCCGGCUCGUCACCGUCCGCUCCUUCCUCCGGCGCUUCCUCUCCCUCCACGCCCCGCCCUUCCUCGGCUUCCUCGACGGCGACGGCGACGUCUUCCACCUGGCCCUCCCGCCGCACCCCUCCGCGCCCGCCGCCCGCGCGGUGUCCCUCUCUGCCGACUUCUCCUUCUCCUUCCUCCCGACCCACGACCGCUGGAUCGUCCUGGACGUCCGCGACGGCCGCUUCCUCCUCGACCGCGCCCCGGAGGAGUACGGCCGCGAGGAGUCCCUAGACUUCACGGAGCUCGCCGUCUGCGACCCUUUGCAGCGCCGGUGCCUCCUGCUUCCCCCGGUCCCUGACGACCUCGCCGCUUCGGUGGAACACCCGCUCCAUGUGGAAUUCGGCUGCUGGUGCGAGCCCUUCCUCGUUCCGUCCGGCGAGGACGACGAGGAGGAGGAAGGGGAAUUGGAAGAGACGUCCUUCAGAGUGAUACGGAUGGCACACUGCAAAACUAAGCUGGUCGCCUUCAUCUUCUCUUCAAGCACAGGGCAGUGGCGUACAUUUGCGUCGCAUUGUUGGAGCGAUUUGUUAGGGGAGACGGGCGUGUCGACCGAUGUGAUCUUCGGGCGGCAAUAUGCCUGCAGCUGCUUCUACUGGGUAGUGGGUUCCACGGAAAAGUUGCUUGUGCUUGACACUAGGAAGAUGGAGUUCUCCAUUGCUGACGUCCCACCUGGUUGCCAUAGGCGACACAUCGCCAUUGUGGAUGCAGGGGAAGGCAGGCCAGGGAUGUUUUCGCUCCGCGAAAAUGUUGCAGAUGACACAGUUUGCCUUCAUUAUAUCGUUAGGCGAAACCAAGAUGAGAGUUCCAGCCAGUGGCAGAUGGAGAAGACAGUCCCGUUGGAUUCUGCGUACCGGUACUACAUCAGAGGCGCUACAGAGAGGUACUUGCUCCUGCUAAGGUGUCCCCGGCACCUGAAUGUAAGGUCGCUGCUGGAUGUGCGGCAUUUCGAGUGGUUCUCACUGGAUGUCAAGACAUUGCAGCUUGACAAGGUGUGUGUGUUGAAUCACGGCAUCCUACAUACGCACAUCUAUACCAACUUCCCACCAUCGCUGUUGCCACCGACAAUAUGAAGGGCGAUGAACAUACAAAGGCCAGUGGUUGCACCGUUGCAGUGGCGGCUCCUCUAACUUCGCUCAAGGAAAGUUGGACGUCGAUCAUCUCUCUCAUCUGCCGUCCUCCAACUAUUUGACGCCCUUCCUCAACUUUACUUGCUUAACCAACUUGACCAAAGAAAAGUCUGAAAGUUUAUAUAGGGUACAAACUACAUUUGAAAAAGAUUGCUGUAAUGAAAAAUUCAUAGCAUAUUAUUAAACAUACGUUCUGCAUUGCCGUAUUUGUGGCUGGUCU